GGUGGCGGCGGCGGCCGGGCUGCGGGCAAGCAGAGCGACGCGCAGUGCUGAGCCCGGCGCCCACCGUGGAGCCAUGGAGAUCGGCACGGAGAUCAGCCGCAAGAUCCGGAGUGCCAUUAAGGGGAAAUUGCAAGAAUUAGGAGCUUAUGUGGAUGAAGAACUUCCUGAUUACAUUAUGGUGAUGGUGGCCAACAAGAAAAGUCAGGACCAAAUGACAGAGGACCUGUCCCUGUUUCUAGGGAACAACACAAUUCGAUUCACCGUAUGGCUUCAUGGUGUAUUAGAUAAACUUCGCUCUGUUACAACUGACCCUUCUAGUCUAAAGUCUUCUGAUACCAACAUCUUUGAUAAUAACGUGCCUUCAAACAAGAGCAGUUUCAGUCGGGGAGAUGAGAGAAGGCACGAAGCUGCAGUGCCACCCCUUGCAGUUUCUAGCACUAGACCUGAAAAAAGAGAUUCCAGAGUUUCUUCAGGUUCCCAGGAGCAGAAGACUACUACUGUCAGACAGACUUAUGAUGAUGGAGCUGCAACCCGACUAAUGUCAACAGUGAAACCUCUGAGGGAGCCAGCACCCUCUGAAGAUGUGAUUGAUAUUAAGCCAGAACCAGAUGAUCUCAUUGAUGAAGACCUCAAUUUUGUGCAGGAGAAUCCCUUAUCUCAGAAAAAACCUACAGUGACACUUACGUAUGGUUCUUCUCGCCCUUCUAUUGAAAUUUAUCGACCACCUGCAAGUCGAAAUGCAGAUAGUGGUGCUCAAUUAAAUAGGUUGCAAUUUCAACAGCAGCAAAAUAGUAUUCAUGCUGCCAAGCAACUCGAUAUACAGAACAGUCGGGUGUAUGAAACAGGACGUUUGUGUGAACCAGAAGUGCUUAACAGCUUAGAAGAGACUUAUAGUCCCUUCUUCAGAAACAACUCAGAAAAAAUGAGUAUAGAGGAAGAAAACUUUCGGAAGAGAAAGUUGCCUGUGGUAAGUUCAGUUGUUAAAGUAAAAAAAUUCAAUCAUGAUGGAGAAGAGGAGGAGGAAGAUGAUGAUUGUGGGUCUCGUACAGGAAGCAUCUCCAGCAGUGUGUCAGUGCCAGCAAAGCCUGAAAGGAGACCUUCACUUCCACCUUCUAAACAAGCUAACAAGAAUCUAAUUUUGAAGGCUAUAUCUGAAGCUCAAGAGUCUGUAACAAAGACAACUAACUAUUCUACAGUCUCACAGAAACAGACACUUCCAGUUGCUCCCAGAACUCGAACUUCUCAAGAAGAAUUGCUAGCAGAAAUGGUCCAGGGGCAAAGCAGAACUCCCAGAAUAAGCCCCCCGGUUAAAGAAGAGGAAAUAAAAGGAGAUAACAUAGAAAAAAGUCAAGGAACGCAACAGAGGCAGUUGUUAUCCCGCCUGCAGAUUGACCCAGUAGUGGCAGAAACUCUGCAGAUCAGUCAAGAUUACUAUGACAUGGAAUCCAUGGUCCAUGCAGACACAAGAUCAUUUAUUCUGAAGAAGCCAAAGCUGUCUGAGGAAGUAGUAGUGGCACCAAACCAGGAGUCGGGGAUGAAGACUGCAGAUACCCUUCGGGUACUUUCAGGACACCUUAUGCAGACACGAGAUCUUGUACAACCAGAUAAACCUGCAAGUCCCAAGUUUAUAGUGACGCUGGAUGGUGUCCCCAGCCCCCCAGGAUACAUGUCAGAUCAAGAGGAGGACAUGUGCUUUGAAGGAAUGAAACCUGUAAACCAAACUGCAGCCUCAAACAAGGGACUCAGAGGUCUCCUCCACCCACAGCAGUUGCACUUGAUGAGCAGGCAGCUUGAUGACCCAAAUGGUAGUUUUUCAAACGCUGAGAUGAGUGAGCUGAGUGUGGCACAGAAACCAGAAAAACUGUUGGAGCGCUGCAAGUACUGGCCUGCCUGUAAAAAUGGGGACGAGUGUGCUUACCAUCAUCCUGUUUCACCUUGCAAAGCCUUCCCCAAUUGUAAAUUUGCUGAAAAAUGUUUGUUUGUUCAUCCAAAUUGUAAAUAUGAUGCAAAAUGUACUAAACCAGAUUGUCCCUUCACUCAUAUGAGUAGAAGAAUUCCAGUACUGCCUCCAAAACCAGCAGUUACAACACCAGCACCACCUUCUAGUAGUCAGCUCUGCCGUUACUUCCCUGCUUGUAAGAAAAUGGAAUGUCCUUUCUAUCAUCCAAAACACUGUAGAUUUAACACUCAGUGUACAAGACCUGACUGCACAUUUUAUCAUCCCACCAUUACUGUACCACCACGACAUGCCUUGAAGUGGAUUCGACCUCAAACCAGUGAAUGACACCCAGUCCUUCCUGGCAGAAGAUCAUGGGGUUUGAAAGUCUCCAUCUACUGAUGAAAGAUACUCUACAGAACUUGUCAAAUCUUUGAAACUUGGAAUAUAUUGCUUUCACAAUAUGAAGUUUAUUGCCUAUUUGAAGUGUUUAAUUUUUCAAGUUUGUAAGUUUAUUAAGUGGUUUUAACAUUGGGUGUUUUUUGUUGUUUGUUUUGACUAUGAAAAGACAGUUUAAGGAAAAGCUAAAUUCUAUUAAAACAUUUGAGGUGUGGUUGUA